UUUAGAACAAACACUACAUCAAUAGCUAACACUUAACUUACACUUAACUUACACUGCCGUCUAUAACAUUGAAGUUGAAAAACUUGAAAGUUAAUUGCAUAUCCUUUGACAUUAUAUACCUGCCGACCUACGCGACUAAUUCAAUCACGUCCAUACUUUUCUCGAAAUACCAUUGUUACAACCUGUACUUCCAUCAUUCUGUGACGAAGCUACACAUUGGUAUUUACUAGGUACUUUCCGCAAUUGGAUCUAGCACACCUUCUGAAGACGCUACUAUCGCGACAACCCAAUCCAAUCAUGGCGCCGCCUGCGGGAAAGCGUGUGAAAGGUGUCCAAAUCUACCGACCAUUCAUCUAUGGUACCACUGCCCGACCUUUCAACGACACCGACAAUAUUCGACCUCCAACUGUCCCCGCCGACCAUACCCACUCUUGGCAGGUAUUCGUCAAAGGUGUAGAUAACACCGACAUCUUCUACUGGCUGCGCCGAGUCCAAUUCAAGCUCCACGAGUCCAUUCCGAAUCACUUGCGUACCCUUGAUGCCGAGACAAUUAUCAAGGAGAACGAAAGCAAGCCACCAGCCCAGAGACAAAAGGGCUUCGUUGUCAAUGAGACAGGAUGGGGUGAGUUUGAGAUUACCAUAAGACUAUACUACGACAGUCGCAGCAGCGAGAAACCACAGACCCUAUACCAUCAUCUACGUCUACAUCCCUAUGGCCGAACAGAAGCCGAGAAGGAGGCCAUGCGCAAUGGAGGCGAAAUUGUGGCCUGGGUCUACGAGGAGCAGCUGUUCAACGAACCCUUUGAGGACUUCUACAAAGUCUUGACCACCGGCGCACGCGACAAGAACGCUUCGUCCGGUAGCAAGGGCAAAGGGAAGGGCAAGAAUGCGCAGCCACCUGCAGACGGCGGCAGCGGCGAAGUCAAGGAGCGCAGCGCCAUGAUCCCCCUCACGAACCGCCCGGGCCAACCCUUCAGCCGAGAGACCGAGCAGCUUGAGAUGAAGCGGCUAAAGGACGCCGAGGAGAAAGUACACCAGAUGAUUCUAGAGAUGACGAAGACAGUCAAAGCCAAGGAGGCUGAACUAGCAGCGCUGAAGAAGGCCUCGGGCGUGUAGGGCACAAAACGAGGCCGUCCAGCAGCUUCCUCCAAGGCCGUCGCCGUUAAGAAAGAAGACGAUGUUAAGAAAGAAGAUGACGACGACGACGACGAUGAUGAUGAUGACGACGACGGUGAUGCCCACCAACCCAGCAAGGUCAAGGGCAGGCACAAAAGCAGGGCCGGCCACGAGGCUCCACCAAAGCCACCGCGACGAAACGAGCAA